AACGUGACGCGACGCUCAUCGUGGGUGGACUUCGCGAGCGCUCGGUUAGGUUCGGCAAAGGUCGGGCAGAUUCGGGCAGCGAGCGAGCGACGAGCCCAGCCGAGCCAUGGCGGCCGUGUCGCACACAAUCGCUCGUGGCUUUCACGAGGCGAGCACGGUCGCUCCGUACGACGGAGUAUAAGAUAAUUUUUGUCUCUCGCGUUCUUCGUUCCCGUCGUUCUCGUUGCGUAUUUUAUCGACGAUAGAACAUCUCUUUCUCUUUCGUAGAAGAAGAAAUUAAGUCGAAGAAAGUUUCGUGGUGUAAAGCGGCCUGUCAAAGAGCGCGCUCCUUUUCGCGACUCUUUCUCUCUCCCUCGAAAGAUAAAGAGAGAGAGAAAGAGAUAGAAAGAGAGAGAGAGAGAGAGAAAGAGAGAAUCAUACAAAUACACACAAACGAUACUUUGUCGCGUCGUGUCAGGCGUCGCGCGUGCACGACUUGGCAGCGCGACGCCUCAGCUUUUAUCAGAAGAAAUGACCUCUUUGAGAAAAUUCUUCUAAAGGGCUCAAGAACAAGGAAGAAAAGAAGAGAAAGAAAGAAAAAAAUAGAAGAAGGAAACUCACUGUCUCUCUCCCGGGGCUACACACGUGUCAUCGUUGUUCCACCGUUGUUGACGGGCGCAGACGCGAUGUCGCUGCUCGAACUGACGUCGAUUCUUUUCCUCGUGCUUGCCUCGCCUGCCUCGGGAUACUUCAAUCUUUUUCUCAGCCAGGCAGAAGUACGCAAACUCAUGGGUCUCCAAGCGGAGUUGUUCUACGUCAGAGAAGGUGUGAUCAACGAAUAUGCAAUUAAAUUCGUUGUACCGGUUCCGGCACAAGUUCACAAGCUACAUUUCACAUGGCAAAAUCUUGCCGGUAGGCCGCUUCCUUACACGAUGGACGUUGAUAUCAGCAAUCCAUCGGCUUUGAGCAGCUCGCUGAACAUAUCUCAAACGGGUGAGAUACCAGUCGGUGUUUUACAAACUUGGGCCCUAGCUUUACAUUGUGGUCCCUAUGACGCCGAAGUAGACCUUAGCCUACGCAUAAACGUUUCCGUAUCGAGAAAGAACACAACGAGUUUAGAAUUUAGACGGAAGAAGAUCUGUUUGAAAGAGAAGAGUGGUUAUACCGGACCCGAAGAAGUUUUAGUCGCUGCUUCGGGUUCUACUUCCGGUGGACAGGUGUUCUACGCAGCCAUCGGAUGUGCCUGUGCCUUCAUCGCUGCCAUAUGCGUUCUCGUAGUGGCCUAUUACGUUCGAGAUAAGAAGGCCAGAAGGCAUAGGGAUCCGUUACAAGAAUCCAGAGGGCUCAGUUCAGCGUGUAGCGUAGAACGAGGAACAGGGGUCGGUCCGGCGCAAACCUUUCUGUCUCCGGAAACUCCGCCACCCUCAGCGUCUGGAGCAUCAGCAUCCACUUAUAGAAGAUUAGACGACAGACCUAGUCGAGAGCUACAUGAAAGAAUUCAAGAGAUCACCGUACAAAGAUGCAGGGUGCGUCUUCUCAGCAUAGAAAUGGAGGGCACCUUUGGUCGCGUGUACAGGGGUAGUUAUCACGAGGAGGGUGCUUCGUCUCCGAGGGACGUUCUAGUAAAAACAGCCGCCGAGCACGCCUCACAGUCGCAAGUCGCCCUUCUUCUACGAGAAGGUUUAGCUCUUUACGGCUUGAGUCACCCAGCCUUACUCCCUGUUCUGGGUGUCUCGAUCGAGGAUAGAAGCGCGCCCUUCCUACUUUAUCCUCAUACCGGUUACAAAAACAUGAAGAGAUUCUUACUAAGGUGCAAGCUGAGCAGCGAAGGGCCACCGAGGGCUCUUACUACUCAGGAAGUCGUCGAAAUGGCACUUCAAGCUGCCAAAGGGGUUCAGUAUCUUCAUAGGAAACGGCUUGUCCAUAAAGAUCUCGCUGCGAGGAAUUGCGUGGUCGACGACGAUCUACGCGUUCAAAUAACGGACAACGCCCUAGCUAGAGAUCUCUUCCCUCAGGAUUACCAUUGUUUGGGAGAUAACGAGAAUCGACCAAUCAAGUGGCUAGCUAUAGAGAGUCUACUUGGUAAAACGUUUACCACUGCAUCAGACGUUUGGGCAUUCGGUGUUCUCCUAUGGGAAUUAACUACAUUGGCACAACAACCCUACGUCGAAGUAGAUCCAUUCGAGAUGGCGAGUUAUCUCCGUGAUGGUUACAGAUUAGCCCAACCGAUCAAUUGUCCCGAUGAACUAUUCGCGGUAAUGGCCUAUUGUUGGGCCAUGUCUCCCGACGAGAGACCUACCUUCGGACAGCUCAUAGUCUGUUUGCAAGAUUUCCACACGCAAUUGACGAGAUACGUUUAAUGUUCGUAGGAAAAAUAGAAAAAAAAACUCGUUUAGCUAUCGAACGAAAUCGAAGUAAUCUAUUUUUUCUUUUUUUUUUCGAAAAGAGAUGUGUGUGCGUGUGUUUGUGUAUAUACUCGUAAACAGGGUGACCAAUUUUAAUUCUACGAACGUAUAAAUAUUUCAAGAAGUAGAUACAUAUCUAAAGAGAAAUGAAAUAUGUGAGAAAAGAAGAAAAGGAAGUGAAACAAAAUCAAAAUGCUUCGUUUCCACGUAUUCCAUUUUUUUCUUUUUCUUUUUUUUCUUUUUUACACUUCUACGUAAAAAAAAAUAAUUUUUCGAAAUUCGUUCGUUUGUCUUUUGGAUCACUCUGUAUAUACUUGCUAUAUCUCGUUCAAAGUACUUACUCUUGCAAAUUUGCACAUCGUUCACGUGUCGCUUAUUUUAUUCGAAAUGAAAUAACUCGAAUAAUCCAUGCGUUAAAUAUCGAUCCUACCCAACUGCCGGCAAGCAUUUCGUCUUUCCUUCGCCAUAUCAGCCAUGAUACGUAGACUAGAUUGGAGAGGAUGGUUAAGUGUCGGAUGAUGCUUACGUAAAUGAUGAUCGGAGCGUUACGAUUAGGAAUAUCGAAAAGCGAUCAAUCUUCUUCUAUUUAUGAAAAAUUUAAAAAAGAGUUUCAUCGAAAUAAAUUCGAUAGUCUGCAUAUAACAUAGCGUUGUAUGUAUACAUACAUAUAUAUAAACUAGCAUUGUGCAUUUACAAUCGAUCAGCUUUCUAUUGCUCGAACGAGAAUGUUUCGAAAGAAAAAAAAAGAAAAAAGAUGGAAAAAGGAAAAAAAAAGAAAGAAAAUCGCGUACAUAUAGGAAAGAGAAAAAGAAUGCUUCCCUUGCCACGCUAGUCUUUCGACUGUGCCAAUUCCUUUUGUAUUUUUGUACAUACGUACUCGUAUAUUAAUUCGCCGUGCGCACCGUAUAUCUAUAUAUGUAUAUUUAAUAUUAUUAAAAGCGUAGAUAGCUUUACGCUUAAAAAAGUCCAAUCAGAGGAAAAUAUGAAAUGAAGAUAUUCUCUAUGUAAAUAUAUAUAUAUAUAUAAUAUAUAUAUACAUAUAUCUAUACGAAUGACUACAUAUUUGCGUAUAUUGAGUCGAGAGAGUCAGACCGUUUCAAAAUAAUAUAUCUGUUUAGUAAUAUCGCAGGGAAAUGGAAAAGAAGGUUAUAAAUUAUUUUCGUUUACUUGGUCUCUCUUACGACUCGUCGAACUUACUAUAAGUAUCCUUAAGAAUCGCUAUGAAUGUACAAACUCGCCAGGAACGUUGCAAGUCAGGAAAAAAAAUAAAUUUAUAAUGCGAACAAAAGAAAAA